AUGCUCGGGCAAAGUGACUCCAUCGUCGACGACGGUUCCAGUCGUGAGCGCCAAUUGAUUCGGUCGUCCACAUUGCGGCGUGAUGAGACCAUCGAUCCUUCGGCUAAUGGCCUCAGUGCCCGCGCUAACAGACGUCGUCUUCCCGAGCUCAAACUUCCCACGUUCGGUGGAGGUUACACGGAAUACGCGAGUUUUUGGUCAAUGUUCGAGUCUGUCAUUGACAAGGAUAAUGAAUUGGAUGAUGUUGAGAAGUUCCAGUGUUUAACUGGUCCAGCGUUGGAUGCAGUUAGAUCGUUGGAGAUAUCGAGGCUCAAUUAUCGUGUGGCUCUGAAUAUCUUGGAUAAUCGGUUUAACAACAACCGACUUGUGUUCCAGUUGCACAUUAAGGAUCUUUUGGGUACCAAGAAGGUGGAGACAGGAGCAUCCGUGGCCAAUAAACUUCGUGAGUUUAGCGAUAAGGUAAAUGUUCACAUGGGGGCAUUAAAGACUCUGGGCCGUCCAGAGGAAAUUGCAAACAGCAUUAUCAUUUACGUGCUGCUGCAAAGGCUGGAUGUGGAAACUCAGACGGCGUAG